AUGGGAGAAAAGGCCAAUCCUUGGUGCCAUUGGCCCAAUUCUCCAUGGAAAUUAAAUAUCGACAGCUCUACAAGCAACCCCUGCCCACCUGAUGUUGGUCAUGAUAGCACCAAUUCGGUGACAUUGCCCACAUGUCUGAACAGCCUUGCCUACAUCUACCCUGGAGUUUCUGCACCGGUGCCGUUGUUUACAGCAUCUACUGCUGACAAACCUCUUCCAAUGACUUCGAGGUUUGUCGCGAUAAUGGCCCCCUAUGUAGGAUCAUCCAUAGAUGAUCCUCCAAAAAAGAGAUCUCUGGUUUUCUUUCAGAAUGAGAAACUUACUCCAACUGCAGGUCCCUUCCUAAGGAAAGGGGCCUUGGAUCCUGUGCCAGAACUGGAAGCUAGCAAUGAAACUAAUGUAACUGAUGUUGGAGGACAAAGCACCGAUGAUACUCAUGAGAACACCGAAGAUAUUAAUGUGCUCUUAGAUUCCGACUCGGAUGAAGGGUAUGAGAAAGUGCAUGAAUUGAACAAAGCCCCUGUGGACAAUGACACCAUGAGUGUAGAGUCAGUAGCCAGCGCUGGUGCUAGCGUAGGCGCUGCCCAACCAUCCAAGAAGAGAAAACUCUGCUCUGGUUCCGACAGGUCUGUUGUUGACACAGCCAGCUCAGCAAGGAUUGAUUGUUCAAUUGGACAGAGGCAUCUAGGCAACGACGAUGAUGCGCAGUCCUGUUGCAUUGGUGAAGUAGAGAGUGGCCACAAGUUUGCUCUCGCUCUGAAGGAUGGAGAAGAAGCAGAAGAUGACAGCCCUGAUGACCGGAAGCUUAGAAUAGAGAGGAUACAAGAGACUGUUGCUGCUCUCAGAAAGAUUGUUCCUGGUGGCGUUGCGAAAGAUGCCACAGCUGUUCUUGAUGAAGCAAUCUGCUACUUGACGUCUCUUAAACUCAAGGUCAAGACGCUGGGAGCUGUCUCUCUCUAGCUAGCUCCUCGGUAGUUCUGAGUUUGUUCUGAUAUAUUUGAGCUGCGACUGCAAGUAAAAUUACUAAGUUGAAGGGGCCAAUUCAGUCGCAUUUGGUGCUUGUGACGCUCACGGGGGCAGAAGAAGGCACACACAAUGGCACAAGGCUGCAGUGGUUACAGUGGGCAUGUAGAGCUGCUUCAACUACAACUGGUACGCAUGUACUCCUCUGGGUGUAGAUAACUAAGGACCAAGGCGGCCGCCAAUUCCGGCCAAUUCCAUCACCGCGCACCUCCUCCCCCAAAAGGCCCCUGAUGGUGCUGAUGGAGCAAUGAGUAACCGCGACUCCAUAAAGAGCUUUGGUUGAGUGUGAUCCAAAGCAAAGGAGGCAGGCAAGAAAGGAAGGUGUCCAUGCAAAGCGAAUAGUCCCGUGCUGUAUGCGUUCAUGGCUUUUGAACCAAAGGCAAGAUAGCGCAAGGUAGGUGUUAGUAUGUUUCCUGGGGUCCAAGUCUC